AUGGACCUGCAAAAAUACUACCGCACCGAGCUCCUAACGGCUGACGAAGAAUACUCACUCGGUAUGAAAAUUCAGUUCAUGAUUAAGUGUGAACUCGUACACGAAGGCCUAUCGUCCAAAUUGAUGCGUCUCCCGACAAUUGAGGAAUGGGCCGCGGCUUGUGGGGGUACUGCAACGGAUUUCGUGGAAAUGGUCAUGACAAGUCGAGAGGCUAAGCAACGAAUGGUGCAAAGCAAUAUGCGGCUAGUGGUUAGUAUUGCGCGCAAAUAUUCGAAUGUGGGAGUCAGUUUGCAAGAUUUGGUACAAGAAGGUAGCUUGGGCCUCUCACGUGCAGCGGAGAAGUUUGAGCCCAAGAAAGGAUUUAAGUUUUCGACCUACGCUUCUUGGUGGAUUCAACAAGCCGUUUUUCGUUCGAUUGCCUACCAUUCUCGUACUAUCCGUUUACCCGUACACGUGCACAAUCUUCUCAAUCGUGUUCGUAAAGUCCGAAACAAUCUACAGCGCGAGUUGAGUCGGACUCCUACCAACGAAGAAAUGGCCGAAGAACUGGGGAUGACGCUACAAAAGUACAACAAGAUGCUUCGUCUAACCAAGCGUAGCAUUUCUUUGGAAACACCCAAAUACCAGAGCAACCCGAAAGAUCUCGGUCACGAAAGUCACGAUUUGCUAGGGGACACAAUCUCCGCCAGUAGUGCUCUUUUUGACGAAAGCACACCCGAAAAACGAGUCGACCGUGGAAUUUUUCACGAAGACUUGCAUGAGAUGCUCGAAAUUCUCGACGAAGACGAGCGUCGAGUGAUUUGCUCACGCUACGGUCUCUCGGAUGGACUGACUCGGACGGUAACUGCCGUGGCAUCCCAAAUGAAGCAAAGCAAGGCCUGGGUCCGCUCUCAAGAAUGCCGAGCUCUUCGCAAACUCCGUCGGCCGUGGUACGAAAAGAAACUCAAGGAGCACCAAGACGCCCUGACUAGCUAA